GAAGCGGAUCCAAUGGCAGUGGUGAUAAUCAAGGUUCAGGAAGCGAAUCCAAUGGCAGUGGUGCUAACCAAGGUUCAGGAAAUGGUUUCAAUGGCAGUGGUGCUAACCAAGGUUCAGGAAAUGGAUCCAAUGGCAAUGGUGCUAACCAAGGUUCAGGAAACGAAUCCAAUGGCAGUGGUUCUAACCAAGGUUCAGGAAACGAAUCCAAUGGCAGUGGUGCUAACCAAGUUUCGGGAAGCGGAUCCAGUGGCAGUGGUUCUAACCAAGUUUCAGGAAGCGAAUCCAAUGGCAGUGGUUCUAACCAAGGUUCAGGAAACGGAUUCAAUGGCAAUGGUAGUAACCAAGUUUCAGGAAGCGGAUCCGAUGGCAGUGGUGAUAAUCAAGGUUCAGGAAGCGAAUCCAAUGGCAGUGGUGCUAACCAAGGUUCAGGAAACAGUUCCAAUGGAAAUGGUGCUAACCAAGGUUCAGGAAACGAAUCCAAUGGCAGUGGUGCUAACCAAGGUUCAGGAAACGGUUUCAAUGGCAGUGGUUCUAACCAAGGUUCAGGAAACGAAUCCAAUGGCAGUGGUUCUAACCAAGGUUCAGGAAACGAAUCCAGUGGCAGUGGUGCUAACCAA